GAGAGAGAGAGAGAGAGAGAAAGCUAAUUAGUAUUACUGAGAUGGUGUCAGAGCUGAAAGACAUGAGAAGUGACUUCUGAAGAGAGUUCUGUUCUCUGAAGGAUAUUGCGGCUGACCUACAGGACAUUUGUUUGUGGGUUUUUUUUCUUCAUUUUUUCGAAGGGACUCAAUUUAGUUGGAUGCAGGUUUAGCUUAGCCUUCUGUCAUGAAUCUUCUGGGAAGCUGUAUGAAGAGGGGGCAGACUGGCUGCCACAGAGGUGGUCUGGCUGGGCCCUGUCAGGUCCUGCUCUUGGCCUGCUGUAUCCUGGUAGUCCUGGGGGCCAAGCCAAAGACACCUGGCCACAAACACCUCAACUCCAUCCGCAUAGAUGGGGAUAUCUCUCUUGGUGGCCUCUUCCCGGUACACGCCAGAGGCAACGAUGGUAAAGCCUGUGGGGAGCUGAAGAAGGAGAAGGGGAUCCACAGACUGGAGGCCAUGCUGUUUGCACUGGACCGCAUCAACAACGACCAUGAGCUGCUGCCCAACAUCACUCUGGGUGCCAGGAUCCUGGAUACCUGUUCCCGGGACACCCACGCCCUGGAGCAGUCGCUCACCUUCGUCCAGGCUCUCAUCGAGAAGGAUGGGACGGACAUCAAGUGCCUGAGCGGCGGGCCGCCCAUCAUCACCAAGCCUGAGAGGGUGGUGGGUGUCAUCGGGGCCUCCGCCAGCUCUGUGUCGAUCAUGGUUGCCAAUAUCCUGCGGCUCUUCAGGAUCCCCCAGGUGAGCUAUGCCUCCACGGCUCCAGAGCUGAGUGAUAACACGCGCUACGACUUCUUCUCCCGAGUCGUGCCCCCGGACACCUACCAGGCACAGGCCAUGGUGGACAUAGUUAAAGCCAUGCGCUGGAAUUAUGUCUCCACAGUAGCAUCAGAGGGUAACUAUGGAGAAAGCGGUGUGGAUGCCUUCAUACAGAAGUCCCGCGAAGAGGGAGGUGUGUGCAUCUCUCAGUCAGUGAAGAUACCACGAGAACCUAAGCCUGGAGAGUUUGACAAGAUCAUCCGCAGACUGUCAGAGAACCCCAAUGCACGGGUUGUUAUUCUCUUUGCCAAUGAAGAUGACAUUAGGCGGCUUCUUCAAGCAGCUAAGAAGGACAACCAGACAGGACAUUUCAUAUGGGUGGGUUCAGACAGCUGGGGGUCUAAGAUCUCCCCCAUACUCAACCAAGAGGAGAUGGCAGAAGGUGCUGUUACCAUCCUACCUAAACGGCAGUCCAUCCGAGGGUUUGAUCGCUACUUUAUCAGCAGAACUUUGGACAACAACAGAAGGAAUAUUUGGUUUGCAGAGUUCUGGGAAAACAACUUUCAGUGCAAACUCAGUCGACAUGCUCUGAAGAAAGGAUCCGGCAUCAAAAAGUGCACAAACCACGAGCGGAUCAGGAAGGACUCGUCCUAUGAGCAGGAGGGAAAGGUCCAGUUUGUGGUCGAUGCAGUCUACGCCAUGGCUCAUGCCCUGCACAACAUGCACAAGGAGCUCUGUCCAGGCAAAGUGGGCCUCUGCUCCAAAAUGGAAACCAUCAAUGGAACCAUGUUGCUCAAGUUCAUUCGCAAAGUCAACUUUACAGGUUUGUUUUAG